AUGAUUAUGGAGCAGAUUGUAGACACAGUUGAUCAGUGCUGUGUUGAAGCUUCGAUUUCUAUCAUCAUAGGGCCCUCAACGUCAUCAUUAGGUCUUGGAAUCGAUCCCAAUGAGCUACCAUCUGUCAGUUCUCAUCUUUCACCGGAGCUCUCCCAGCACCCAUGGCUUACAUUUGAUGAUCAUUUCAACCCUAACAUCCCUCAUGUAAUUCUCCACGAUGAUAUGGAUGAAAGUAGCAGAGCCACUAUUCAUCAGAUGAUCACAGAAGAACAUUCUUAUUUGCAGACAAAGAAGUUUAUGAGACACAAGAAUAAAGGAAUGAAAACACUCUUCUCGGUGAGGAAACAUGUUAAAAAAUGCACGAAAUGGACAAAAGCAGAAAAGGAGUUAUUCAAAAAGGGACUAGAAGAGUAUGGCCAUAAUUGGAAGGAGAUUUCAGACUUGGUGAAGACAAGGGACCCCAACCAGGUCAAGAAUUUCGCUCGAAAAUACCUCCUUAACCAGGCUGUUAAAGCGGAUGGGCAGGAUUUCUCCAGUAAAUGUUCAGUCAAAGUUCCUGAGAGUCUAGAUACUCACCAGCUACCAGAUGAUGAUGAUGACGAUGAGGAGGAUAUUGAUGUGGAAGAGACAUCUGAUGAUGAGCAAAAGGAUCAAGGUCUCCAGUCAACCGUGUUAUUUGGGGAGGUCCUAAAAUCUUCUGUUCCCUUGGACCAUAGAAACAACCUUGACAGCCAUCAAGCUGGAACAUCCAUUUUGUUGAUACCUAAGUUUGAACCUUCGGAGUCCCAACCUCCUGAGGUUGAUGAGAUCAAAUUAAAGACUGGAACUUACCGUGAUGAAUACAUCGCUUCUUAUGUAGCCGGCCCAGAUGGUCCAAUCCUUAUCAAGACUGAGAAGCCAUCAUCUGAAGAUGAAGAUGCACUAACCAUAUGCCUCCCAGGACAGUCUGCAAAUCCUGCAGGACGUAAGCAGCAGAAGAAAGGGAGGAAGGGUGGGAAAGUUCCUAGGAAAAUGGUGAAUGCCAUUUCAGAGGAGGAGCAUUCCCAAGGCGAGGAUGAGACAAUGGUCAUACCACCAGCUGUCGGUAGUGUAGCAGCGAUGCAGGAAUCAAGUCUUCCGGGGAACCUAGGAUCUAGGAGAAGCUAUGGCCAAGGAUACCAGGAUGGGAUGGAACAGAAGAGAUUGAAGAUGGCUAUGACACCUUCAUUUGCAAAAGUGACUGGAGAGGUAGGGUUUGAGGGAAGUUCAGAGGAACAAGACGGUGGAGAGUACAUGGAAAUAGAAGUUAAGAUGGAGAAGGAUCCUGAUGAUCGUCCUGAAGAUCUUACAACUCCUGAUUUAAAGACAGUGUUUCUAAGGAACAGAGAUUAUUCCCAACUAUGCAAUGAGAGACUUGAUGGGAACUUCGUGGUUGACAGAGUGGUGAAACGUGAACCUGAUGUCACUUCCUGUGCAGAUACCCAACAUGCAUUGCAUGUGGAUAGUGGGCAGCAGAUUGACGAUGCCCGCUGUCCCCUUAACCUGAGUUUAAAGGAACCGAAGUAUAGAACAGUGCCAUCUUCUGAAAAACAAGGAAGUCGUGAUCUAUCAAGCUCCCCACCAAUGCAAAUUCCUAUACCAAGUAAUGCUGAAGCAUUCAAUAAAGUUGAGAAGAAUGUUAACCUCAGAUCGUCCAAGGAGCUCCAAGACGAUGAUAAAUAUACAGCGGGUAACGAGGGUCAUGGAGUUCAAAUGUCAAGUGAUGUUGGUCAAACAAGAGUAGGAGAAGACGGUGGCAUUGACUACAAUGGAUUUGAGGAAGAGUCUGAAGAGGAGACUAUUGAACUUCCCAAGGAGGAAGUAACCCUUGACCCUAAACAUGUGACUGAUGGAGAGAAAGAGGCUCAUCCAAUCUUCUUUGAUUACACCAGCAGUGCCUUUACACCCGAGCGAUAUCUCACCAUUAGAAAUCAUAUCAUCCAGUGUUGGAACAUGAACCUACAGCAACAAAAGCCAAGAGCCCGAGGCUCAUCAGAGGAUGGAGCAGAACAACCAGUAUGCAAUAGUAGAAUGGAGAUGCAGUGCGAGUAUCAGAGAAACUACCAAAGUCGUUUAAAUGUAGAUCAGGAAUAUCUACAAAACGAAGCAUUUCGGAUGCAAAAGUGGCGACAAACGAGAAGUGAAGAGCAAAAAGUAAGGGACAGAGAGGCGAGUAGACUUCGCGUGCAGCGAUACAGACAGAGGAAAAGAGAAGCAGGGUCGACAUGUUCAACUGAAACCACAGAGUAUCAGAGAAACGACCAAGGAGAUUUAAAUGGAGAUCCGGAAUAUCUGCAAAAUGAAGCAGUUCGGAUGCGAAAGUGGCGACAAACGAGAAGUGAAGAGCAAAAAGUAAGGGACAGAGAGGCGAGUAGACUUCGUAUGCAGCGAUACAGACAGAGGAAAAGAGAAGCGGGGUUGACAUGUCCAAGUAAUCCCCAAAAUUAACAAGAGCAACAUCCAAAACACUUAGAGAGAAAAUGGCGCAGCAGUAAAAGGAAAAAGCGCUACUAAACUGUAUGACAUUUAGAAAAAGGUGGAGAAUAAAUGAACUGCGACGACAACAAUAUGCUGAAAAAAACAGCGAAGUACACAGUUCCUCAAACGCAAGUCAAUCAAUUUCUCGUUCGUGAAAAGUCUUCAGAAGUUGUAUAAACAUUCCUGAUGAAAUCAACACCUUGGAAAAAAGCAGCGCCUGAGGGAAAAAAUUAUCUUCAGCCUGUCACAGAAGAAGUUGGAUUUCUUGUAGAGAAAUUCUAUUAAAUCAGUGCUUAGUAGGAUCCAUAAGAGUCGUAAAACCAGAGAUCUUCAUCUGCGGCAUCUUCUUCAUCUUGCAACUAAAGUAAGGAAUGGUAUGCGAAACAUACAUGUAACAGCACGCGCUCAGUUUGGAUUGAGUUGGAACUUUCUA